AUGGAGUCGUAUUCGAUUGAAGACCGCAUUAAAGUUAUUCAAGAGCACUACAAAAAUGGUGCAAAAAUAAAAAACACGUUUCGCGCGCUUCGUGAACAUUUCGGUCGCAACAACCGCCCAAACGAAACAACCAUCGAGCUGCGUGGGGCCGACCAUUUUUCGCGCCGAACGUUCUCAGAUUGGCUCCUUGAACACCGCCAAAUUGAUGCCAAUUUUUCACCAAAAAUCAUGUUCAGCGACGAAGCGCAUUUCACUUUGAAUGGGACGGUAAACAAUCAAAACUGCCGCAUCUGGGCGAACGAAAAUCCCCGUGAGUAUCAAGAGCAGCCGAUGCAUCCUCAAAAAGUGCAUCAUCGGACCUUUUUUUUCGAAAACGCGGCCGGGGACGCCGUUACCGUCAAUUCUGAGCGAUAUCACGUUAUGAUAGAGGACUAUUUUUUGCCGCAACUUGAAGGAAUGGAUAUGGACGAUGUUUAUUUCCAACAAGACGGUGCAACAUGCCACACAACCAACGUCAAUAUCCAUCGAUUGCAGCCUUUCUUCGGUGAUCGCGUGAUUUCGCGCAGAGGAAAUGUGCCAUGGCCACCAAGAUCGUGCGAUUUGACUCCCUUGGACUUCUUUUUGUGGGGAUAUUUGAAAAGCAAAGUCUAUGUCAACAAACCAGCCACCCUCCAAGAACUCAAAAGCAACAUCAUUGCCGAGAUAAAUGCCAUAGAACCGACCAUGUUGCAAAAUGUCAUUGAAAAUUUCGACCAUCGCAUGGACUCUUAUAGUUUAAAUCGAAACUAUCAAAUAAGUAACAUCUGA